UCAGCUCUACAGAGCCGCGGCUGAAGGCGCGCUAGCAGGCUCCGGCUCCGGACGAUGCGGCUCUCCUAGGAUGCUGCUGCGCCUGGCAGUGCUUCUGACGGCGCUUCUCAGCCUAUACCCCGGCCCGGGCGCGCACGGGUCUGAACUGCCCCGCCCUUCAUCCGUGUGGUUUGAAGCAGAAUUUUUCCAUCACGUGCUCCGCUGGACACCUGUUCCCCAUCACUCCCAAAACAGCUUUUAUGAAGUGGAACUCCUGAAGUAUGGAACAGAUCUCUGGAAGAUCAUCACCAACUGCAGCCAGCCCGUGGUAUCCUCUUGUGACAACUGCAGCCAGCCCGUGGCUUCCUCUUGUGACAUUACCUUCGUGACCCUGGACCUAUAUCACAGCAACGGUUACCGGGCCAGAGUCAGGAUGGUGGAUGGCAACCUGUACUCCCCCUGGACCUUCUCCAACAUUCGCUUUACCAAGGAUGAAGUGACUCUGACAGUUGGCAGUGUGAAACUUGAAAUGUACGACAACUUCAUCCAGGGCAAGAUCCAACCGCCCAGACCCCCUGUGAUGGCCCCUAAAAAUGAUACUUACGAAAACAUCUUCAAACACUUUCGCGAGUAUGAGAUUGCCAUCCGCAAGGUGCCAGGAAACUACACGCUUCCCAACAAGAAGGUCGGACAGGAAAACUUCAGCCUCUCUAUCCCUGGAGAGGAGGGCACAUUCUGUGUCAAGGUGAAACCCUCCGUGAGCACCCGUGUGAACAAGGCGCUGUGGUCCAAGGAGGAGUGCAUCGUCCUCUCCAAGCAGUAUUUCAACGUGGUCAACCUCACCUUCUGCUUUACUUUCUUCCUGCUGCUCUGCGGAGCCCUGGCCUACUGCCUGGCCAUCCAGAUGUAUGUGCGGCGCCGGGGAAAGCUGCCCACCGUUCUGGUCUUCCGGGAGCACAGGCCUGUCAACCUCAUCAGCCCACUUUCCUAUCCGGGCACCGAAGACAUCAUACACCAGCUGGACACACAGUCCUUCCUGAAGGUAUUACCAGGACCGAGGUCCUCACGCCUGCACAGCAAUGCGGACAGUGGCUUUGGCAGCGCCAAGCUGGCCCUGCAGGCUGAAGAGCCCCAGUUCUUGCUCCCAGCAGCUCCAGCCCAAGCAGGUGGGCCCCUGGAGCUCCAAGACAGCUGCAGCCAUGGCAGCAGCAACAGUACCGACAGCGGGAUCUGCUUACAGGAGCCCAACGUGAGUCCUGGCACCCAGCCUGCCUGGGAACCGCAGACGGGGAAUGCCAGCCAUGGCCAAGACGACAGUGGCAUUGGCUUUGUCCAGAAUGCUGAGGGACUGCCUGGGGACACACAGAGUGGCUCAACCUCAGGCCACAUCAGUGCUCCGGGGCCUGAGGAGCCUGAGGAGGAAGACUCACCCAUGGCGGCAUUCCAGGGCUACGUGAAGCAGACAAGAUGCCCUGAGGAGAAAGCAACCGAAGAAGGCUUCCUGGAGGAAGACUCUGCCUUGACUCUAAAUGGCCUUAGCCCCAGAAUCAGGACCUGCCCAGAUGUUGAGGCAGGCUGGACUGCAUUAGUCCAGGCCAAGGGCUAUUUGCGUCAGGAUCCUGCGGAAACCACCACUCCUGCUCCCUUCGAGGCCCCAGCUACACAGUGGAAGCAUCCAGCUGAGGAGCGGUCACUGCUGAACUUGACAGGCUGCAAUGAGCUAGGGACAUCUGACUGGAACUGCACACACCAAUUUGCCACCUCAGACUUUGUGGCAACCAUGGGUGGUCUCCUGGGCAACUUUGACUCAGAUCUGGUAGCUCUGCCACUCAUCUCCAGCCUGCAGUCAAAUGAGUGAGCUGGCCCAAGGGACCGCUUCUGAUGCCAGUCCUGCACCUGGAAGAGGAGCCAGCCCCAGGGCUUGGAGGUCAAACGUACCACCAGGCUGGGCAUUUUGCAGCAAGUCUGAUAUCCCUGACGGCACUGUGGGGCAGGAGGCUGCAGGGCUGAACUGGCAUGGAGUACACAAUGGGGCCCAAGGCCUGUUUUGCUGAGCAGGAGCGUCUUGCAAUGCUGAUUCUGUGCCCACAGAAAACACAGACUGUGUGAAGGAGCUGCCUGUGUGAGGUGAACUGAGACUGAGUGUGUCCCCAGAGGCCAGUCAAGCAACUGGGCCAGUCUCAGGGCAGGAGUCCUGAGGCUGGGUGGUAGAAGAGAUUUUUGUAGGAUAAAGGGGGAAUUCAGGCUGAGUUUGAUCUCUGAAAAGGUCCCUCCUACUUUGGCAGGCCUCUCAGGCAGGGGGUUGGCCUUGGGAAGAUCUUAAGGGAGCUAAGGAGGAUGUCUCCAGGGUCCAUUCACAGACAGCCACUAUGACAGUGUCCCCCAAGACACUCACAGGGCUGAGCACACAGCAGCCCCCAGCCUGCCCACUGUGGCAGAGACACUAGAGUGGCUCGAGUUGGGCCAAAGCAGAGCCUGUGGGCUUGGGGACCAGCCCAGAUUAUCAGAAUUGGGAUCUUCCCCCACACUGGCUGCUUAUGCCCAACUAUAGACCCAGAACUCAGGCCACAGUUCAGGGGUCCUGGCGCUUGGCAUUCAACUCGUUGGCUUUAGGCCAUGUCUGCACCUUGGAAGGAUCACCUUUUUUCCCCGACUGUGGAAUAGGCCUUGGUCCAGGGGCCUGGAUGUCAGCCAAGCUUUUUCUUUGGGCUACAUUAUCCUGCCUGCCAGACUCCUGAGCUGGGAGGAAGUGGACUCCGGAACUUGUCUGCCUAGAGCCAACUUCCUUCUCAUGCCACGGGCCGGUGGAUCUAAGCAGAAUCCUGUGCCAAGACAGCUGCCAGUGACGGGGGCCCAGCAAGAGACGAUGCCCAGCUGUGUUUCCCAGGCAAGCAGACUGGGUGAUCACCAGGCCUGUGGCUGCCCUUUGGGGCCCUCGCCUGGUCAUGUGUUCAUUUGGGAUUCUGAGAAGCAGACCUUGUGGCCCAAGAGGACACAAGCCACAACACCCCAGUCACUCAGCCAAGAAAUUCUUCAUGUGUCUGGAAACUGAACUCUCCAUGGGAGUGGACACUGGGACAGAUUCCUCGGGUUCUUCAAAAGCUUUAUUUAUUUAUUUUGCUCAUUUAUUUAUUGAAGAAGCAACCCAGGACAGAAAAGGAAUUUGGGGCUGUGACUGUCCCAUCCGAGUCAUUUGAGCUUGGACACAUCCCUUUUGGCGUCCAAGCCUUCAGUGUUCUCAUCUGGGGAACUGGAGCCCGUUGAUGUACUUGGUGUUGCUCCCAGUGAUGUGAGGUGCCAACGAGAACAUGCACGUGGACGGGCCUUAAAGGCGAAGCCUUGUACAGAGUAUGUAUGUGUGUGUGUGUGUGUGUGUGUGUGUGUGUUGUUCCAAUAAAUUGUGAGGACCACGGGAACUUCA